CCCGCGGCAGCUUACUCUCUCUCCUUCCUUGCUUUCUACUAUCAAAAUCUGCGUGAGGUUCCAAAGUCGCUCGCUUUCUCAGGCUCCACUCUUUGCCUCAGGUUCGUCUCUUAGGGUUUCUCAAUCUAAUUGAACAGAAAGUCAGCCUGCUCUGCCUCGGGUCUUUCUUCACGGCAGAGAGAAAACACACAGGAGACCGGCGGACAAGAGGGGGGGCUCGGCUCUUUCAGUCCGUUCCAGCACACAUACGGAGGACAGCCGUCAACCUUUGGGCCGGCUCGGUUGUCUCUCCAUCACCAUCAACGAGUCACUGCUCGCCUCAGCUCGAUCGUCCUUCCUGACUUCUAAGCUCUGGAUUGCAGCUACACGGAGUCUGUGUCAUUCUCACAGAGGUGUUUACGGAAUCUGAAAUUGGUUGGUUGCUUGGUUUGCCUCAGUCCUUGGAAGCAUUGAGAUUCAGUUGUUUGCAUGGGUAAGAAAUCUGAAGAAAGGAAACGGAAGAAGCACGGUAUAACUGAUCAGGACCGGGGCGCUUGCCCCGCUGAAAAUUCAGAUGCAAAUAGAGGGGAAGAUGUUGUCGAAUUAAGCGGGCAUGAAAGAAAAAAGAGGAAGAGAAAGCAUGAGAAGAGCAGCAUUGAUAACGGGCUUGAUUCUGCUGGUAAUGCUUCUGAGAAUGGGAAGGGGGCUGUUGAUGAUGAAAGUAAAAGCGAGCGAAGGAAGAAGAGGAAAAUGGAGCUAAACGCCGAUCGAGAGGCGGAGCUUGAGAGGCCUCGGAAGGAAAAGAAGAAGAUUCGCAAGGAGACUGAGGCUAGAGCUGAGCCCGAUGUUGACCCUUUGAAGCUGGAGGAUUCUCAGAAUGAGGCGACAACUGAGAGAUAUGAGAAGGAGACCUCUGCCCAUGAGGAUAAUGGUUAUGUAAGGAGUGGAUUAGAAGGGGUUAAAAGCAAGAAAAAGAAGAAGAAACACAAGCAAAACUUGGGGGAUUCUGAUUGGGUUGGUGUAGGGGAAGGACAGGUAAUCAUGAAAAAGGGUAAGAAGAAGAAGGAAGAGAGUAAACACGGAGUAGAUGAAGAUACAACCAAUCAACUUGAUUCAGGUAUAGGGAAUAACAAGAAGGAGGAGGAGGAGAAAAGGAAGAAGAAGAAGAAAGAGAAGCAGGAGGAGGAGGAGGAGGAGGAGGAGAAGAAGAAGAAGGAGGAGAAGAAGAAGAAGAAGAAGAAAGAGAAGCAGAAGGAGGAGAAAGAGAAGAAAAACAAGAAGAAAAAGGAAGAGGAGAAGGGCAAGAAGGACAAGCUUGUGAAAGGAUCAUCUCGGAAAGUUCGGUUUGCUGAUGAAGUGGAGAUUUUUCCUUCCUUGGACAGCCCAAGUGAAGGAAAUGUAAAAGAAAAAGACCAACUGGUGCGAGGCAAGCGAUUCUCACCGGAAGAAGAUGAACUGGUCAAGAAGGCUGUUUACAAGUAUAUAGAGGAUCAUGGGCUUGGUGAAAAUGGUCUGGACAUGAUUCUACGCUGUAAAGGGCAUGCUGAAACCAGGCAUUGUUGGAAGGAAAUAGGGGCUGCUUUACCGUGGAGGCCUUUUACGAGUGUCUAUUAUCGAGCACAUAUAUUGUUUGAGAGGAGUGAGACUCGUUCCUGGACUCAAGAAGAGUAUGAACUCAUCAAGAAGUACCAUGAAGAGCACGGAUCAGACUGGAGAACCCUAGCUGACGCUAUGAGUAAGCACAGGAUUCAUGUAAAGGACACGUGGCGGAGGAUAAAACUUCUCAACAAGAAGAAUGGACAGUGGACCCAAGAGGAGUACCAGUCUCUGUUCGAACUAGUGAACAAGGACUUGCAAAUGAAGGCUAUGGAAGAAAAGGUCUGGAAGCACGGGAUGCUGAAAGAUAAUAUCUGUUGGGAAGCUAUAAGCCAGAAGUUGUCCACACGAACUAAUGCAACCUGCUGCCAAAAAUGGUACGACCAGUUGACUUCUCCCAUGGUGGCCGAAAAAAUAUGGGCAGAUGCUGAUGAUUAUCGGCUCCUCGAUGCCCUCGUCGCCUUAGAUGCUUGCUCAAUGGAAGAUGUUGAUUGGGAUUGUCUUAUCGAGAAUAGAUCAGGGGAAGUUUGCCGGAGACGUUGGGUGCAGAUGGUCAGGCACAUCGGGGAGUACCAGACGGAAUCCUUUGCUGAACAGGUGGAGAUCCUUUCGAAGCGGUACUGCCCUGAUCUCCUGGAAGCGAGGGAGGCUUGUGAUAAGAAGCGCCUCGAGGAUUAAUAUGUAUGCUUCAUCUUCCUCAAGUCGAACUAUCCCGAAAGAGUAUCGUACUUUUGUAGCUCGAGUUCUUCUUCAUCAGGAUCUGGUUUUCUUGCAGCUGGUCCCAGUAAGAUUUGGUUUCACGGCGAUCAAGGUUCAACUCUUUCAUACUGUUGUAUGAUGAAGUUAUUUAUUUAGACAGUUAUAUUUAUCUCCUAUAAAUAUAUUUCUCUGUUCCUUUUGGGAUCAUUGUGGAGAUUGUUAAUGCUUUGACAUAUUAACGGUAGGUUUGAGAUUACUGUCCAGCAACAGAAUAGGAAAAGAAAAGAAACCGAUUUUUUGUACUCGUGUUCGUCUCAAACGCGGGAUCGUAAAGAGGCUCGGACCUCCCAAUGAAUAAUUUAUCUGCUUUUAUUCUCAGUGGAA